UUCCUUUCGCAACUCAUUGCUAUUACUAAGAAAAGAAAUAUGGGUGUAAAAGGUAAGUUAAUUGUUUCAUUAGAAGUGAAGUGUGGAGGACACUCGGUUCAUGAUAUUUUUCAUAUUAAUACUCAUCAUCUACCCAAUAUAAGCCCUAGCAGACUCAAACAUUUUGAGAUUCAUGAAGGUGAAAUUGGUAAGAUUGAUUCGGUUGUUAGCUGGAAAUAUAACGAAGAUGGAAAAGAAAUGGUUGCUAAGACUGUGAUUGAAGCCAUCGAUCCUUCAAAGAAGUCAAUCACUUGGAAAGUGAUUGAAGGACAUCUUUUAGAAUUGUAUAAUUCGUUCACUAUUAUUACAUCCUGUGAACAUUGGACUACAAUUGCACUUGUGUACGAGAAGAAAACUGAAGAUACCCCAGAACCCCUUGCUCUCUUGGAUUAUUUCGUUGGUAUGACCAAGGAUGUUGAAGGUCACCUUCUCAAUACGACCAAGGAUGUUAAAGGUCACCUUCUCAAUACGACCAAGGAUGUUGAAAGUCACCUUCUCAAGAAAUAGAAAAUUGAUCAUGUUCAAUG